GGGAGGGGGGGGGGAUUUAAAGUAAGGAAAAGACUCUUCGUUGCUGUUGCUGUUUUAACAAGUUUUUGUUUCGUUGUAUCCUUCUCCUUCCACCAACCGGAACUGAGUCUAAAAUUACUAAUUUUACUGAAGAACUCAAUUGCUUGAAAAAAGUAGUAAGGCUCUGUCAGUCGGGGAAAGCCGCUGCUUGAUCAUUUUCUACUUACCCUCAUGAGAUUGAGAUUUCAACUUUCCAACUUACUUUCUUCGUGAUGACGACGAUCUAAUUGCUGUUGUGUUUAAGUAGUGGGAUCACGGCCUGCAGUGGUACUCAUCAUCAUGGCUUAAGAAGAAGCUCCCUGCAGGAUUCGGAAUCGGCAUGAAGUCUCGGAGCUUUUCGCUUUCUCCCGCAACCAGUCUUGCCUCUGCUGAAUCCUUGUCCAUGCCUCUGUUUUUGUUGUUGCUGAAAACAGCUGCAGGAAGUUGUUCUCUCAGCUGAUGUAAGCUGUAGUGAUUGCCAGAAGAGACUUUCUGACAUUAUGUCAAAAAUGGGUGAGGUAGAAUCGGUUGUGGUGAAUGUGUCGGAGAAGAGGGUGACGCUCGUAUGCAAAUAUCCCGGUGCGGCCAAAGUUCCAUCCACUCGGCUAGUCCCUGCAGUAUACAAAAAACCUCUAAACAAAUUUUCGUUGAUUCGAAGGAUGCUUCGUUCUUCCUCAUGUUGAUUGAAUAUUCCAAGCCGAAUAAGUCCCAACAGAAGCGUUCCUCAUUCUUUGAAUUGGACAUGUAUUUUUGUUUUUUCUCGCCUUGAUAUGUACAUAAGUAAGUCCGUUGUUCGAUUCCAUGGUGUUUUGGGGACUGGAUUUCUGUAACAUAAACCUUUGAGUUGAAGAAAAGUGAUGCUUAACCUUGCCAUAAUGUCAGGAAACAGGCAAAGCUUUAUGGUGAGGUUAAAGGAACUAAAAGCCUCUUUCUUAACUUGAACAUAACCAGAUUCCAAAGGUGCAGAAUAUCACUUUGGUUCACAAUCUUUCACAUUUUUCAAAUAUUCCACAAGCACUUUUUUCCAUCGACCUUUUCUCCCCCAAAUAAUCAAAAACAACAAAAAUUCAUCUCAGGUUCUGGCAAUUCCAACUUCAUGGCAGCAAAGUAUUGUUGCAUGGUGAUGAGGCUCAAUGUUGACUGCAAUGGAUGCUGCAGAAAAAUAAGAAGAAUCCUUCUAAAUAUGAAAGAAAUAGAGACACAUUUGGUUGAGAAGCAGCAACGCAAGGUGAGCGUGUGCGGGAGGUUUGUACCGGCAGACGUGGCGAUAAAGAUGAGGAAAAAGAUGAACCGUAGAGUUGAAAUUCUGGAAAUUCAAGAGUUUGAUGGCAGCACUGAACAAAUGGAGCAAAAGGCUAUGAUUACUACUUGUAGACCACACCAAGUAUAUUGCUUAAAACCUCUUCAUGAGUGAUAUCAAAAACUUAUUUACUUCACGAAAAAAUAUUCUUUCAAAAUAAGAGAUCGUUUGGAAGCACUUUUGACACAACUUUAACGGUAAC